UAGUAACUUGGCAUUCAUAAAGAAUAUCGAAGACUUUUUUUUUUUAUAGAAUAUAUUAAUCUCUAGUUUCGUACCAGCUUCGGAAAUCGUUUCUUGUAUAUCAUUCAGUGCUAUAAUAAUUAUAAAAUUUAUUUUUAAUUUUAUAAUUUUAGCAAUGUAGACAAUUAUGAACUAAUUAUUUAUAUCAUUAUUUUCAAGAUUUUAAUGAUAAGUUAUAUUUAAAUUUUAGAACAAAUAUAAAUACGUUCCAUGCUUUUCUGUGCAUAAUUAUUGGUUAAUUGUAUUUGCUAGUGGUCAUUAAAUUUAAUUCAACAUGUCUGGUCAUGAUGAAUAUGUUGAUGUGAUGACAUCCAGUCCACCACUUACAACUAAAUCAACUUUGCAAAGUUCAGCAAUGAAGAAAAAAAAAGUUAAAAAUAAUAAAGACAAUCCAGGAUCAAGUGAUGAAGAACGAUGGUUAAAAGCAAUUGAAACGGGUAAAUUAGAUGAAGUUGAUGAUGAGCUGAAGAAAAUUAAAAAAAAAGAUCCAAAAAUGAUGACUGCUAGACAAAGAGCUAUGUUUGAUAGAAAGUCUGAUAAAGAAUUCACCGAAGAACUCGUUGCAUUACCUUCAGGGUAUCGUGAAAAGAUAUUAACUCCAGAAAUGUUACAAAAAAAAGCUAUUAAAUCACAAAAAAGAAAACAACAAGCAGAUGAAAAAAGAGAAAAUGAUAAAAAACGUACAAUGGAAAGAUUAUUGAAAAAACAUGAAAGCAAAUCUAAAAUAAACGCUAAAGGCCGAAUGGCAAGAAAGGCUGUUAAUAAUAUUAUUUAUGUCAGUAAAAAUGACAAAGUGUCUCUACUGUUUCCAGAAGGUGUUGAGUUUCCUCUCAAAAAAUCUAUAAUCAAACUUCCACCUGCUCAAAAAAUGUGUGGUGUAGAUGGCUGUGAAAAUCCUAAGAAAUAUUCAUGUUCUCGAACAGGUUUACCAUUAUGUAGUUUACAAUGUUAUAAUGCAAAUCAAUUAAAUAUUUGGAAUACUGUAUGCUGAUUAAGCAUUCAUAUUUUUGGAUGGUCUUGUUGGCGGUAUCAAUUUUUUUAAUUCGGAGUCAAUUUUUCGGUCAACCAUUACUUUGAUCACAAAUUCACCUUGUUGGAAUGGUUUGAAAGUAGCUGGUACUAUAACAUAGCUUCUCAAUGUAGACACUAUAAAUGUUUCUGAAAUCAUUUGUUUUGAUUUGAAAACUCCUGAACUACCUUCUGGUUCAGUACACAAAAAAUAUUCAGCUCCUAAUGUUUCUUUUUGUUCACAAUCAUUCUAAAAAAAUAUGUUUGUUUAUGAUAAUUUUAAUGUUUAAUAAUAAUAACUAAUAAAUAAUAGCUGAAUUUACUUUGAAUAAAAAAAAUGCAACGUGUAAUGGAUUUUUUUUGUGUAUUCGUUUUAUUUUUAAUAUUAUUUUUAUUGUAACAAAUAAAUUUUCUUCUAUAAUUCCUGAAAAUUAAAAAUAUAAAAUUUAAAUAUAUUUAUAAUUAUAUAUUAUACCAGAGAUCAUAGACUAAUUUCUAUGAGGGUCUGUUUUGAAACUUAACUAAACUUCCUAUGAUCAAAAACAAAUAUUAUUCAUUAUUACUUGUAUAUAAUAAAAAUGUAAAAACUAUGUUAUAAAUUAAUUUAUAAUUACGUGACCAUAGGGGUUUGUAUAAAAUAUGCCCAAUGACUGAUUGUCAAUUAGUGUCUCCUAAUAAAUACAAUAUAAUAUAACCUGUAGGAAAUUUGAGCAAAUAUUGAGGAUUUGUUUCAAACAUGUCUAAAUUAUUCCUUGAUCCUCCUGCAUUUAAGCCAUAUAUCCAACUACCAUUAAUUGUCAAUACUUCUGGGAACCCCUAUAAGGUAAAUAAGAAUAAGUUACUUUAAAAAUAAUUGUAGUAUUAUAAUAUGUAUGUUAAAAGUAAAAUAAAUAUAUUUGUGUACAUACUUGAGAA